AUGGUCACCACACGGUCGAUGGAAAAGGCUAAAAGCAACAGCGGCCAGAAGACGAAAAGCAACAGCGGCCAAAAGACGAAAAGCAACAGCGGCCAAAAGACGAAAAGCAACAGCGGCCGAAAGACGAAGAGGCGUCAACAAACACAGACACCGAAUGUGGCCUUCUUUAAGGCACGAGACAUAGUCAUGUCCUCCUUCCCGGAAUGCCUGACAAACGAGCAACAUCAUGUGCGAUCAAGCGCUAUACAUCGCCUAAAGUACGCUCGGGAAUUGGUGCAUUGGGUUGACUUUCAGGAGGACGUGCGUCGGACAUUUGACUCGAUAUCUUGGGAUGACUAUCAGAGACCCCUCGACGUCAAGUUCCAUGAAACCACAGGGAAUGAAAAUGUAUUGAGGGAAGAGCAUUUCAUGUCAGGUAAUGAACUCUCGACAAACUCGAGAUAUGUGCAGCACGUCCUGCACGUUAUGUCGGCAAUAGCAAAAGAGAUAGGCAUCGGUGUGUUCUUCGGAGAUUGGGAUGCAACAGAUGCCCGUCAGGCAUCGAAGAAAGCGAAGGAGGAAGCGGAGGGGAAAGGGAAGAAAGGGGGGAAAAAGGGGGGGGGAAAGGGAAAAGGAGAGGCUCAAAGUGCUGAAAGCAGCAAGGCACAGAAAUCCGAAUCGACCGAAGUGAACAAAGACAUGGAUCUCCAACCCGAUUUCGCCCUUAUGGAUUCCGAGUUUGUCCCCCGCGCAGUGGGUGAGGGUAAAACCCCCUUCAGUCAGCAUCAAUUCUCGAGGGACGUCAGUGAUGCUAUCGAUGGGCGUGAUGAUUCUCUACUUAGGAACAUUCUUGGCCAACCCGCACGGUACAUGCGCGCUUUCGAUCUCAAAUACGGAUUCAUAAUGAAUUACAAAGACACAAUAUUCCUUCGGCAGGAGUUUGUGGCGGGGUCCUGGAAGCUCAUGUAUUCAGACGUGAUUCCUCAUGACCAGGUAUCAACAAUAGAGCCUGUCAAAGUAUCUGUCAGGGAGGCAAUGCUCUUCCUGCAGGCAGUAGCUGCUGGUGACAAGACAGAUUGGACCAGCUACAACACUACGCCGCCGGAAGAGUGGGUUAAAGACCUCAAACCAGGAAAGAAAAGGAAGAGGGACUCAAAAGUUGUUGGAGGUGAUAGAGGUGAAGCGGAAGGGGAAGAAAGGAAUAGCCACAAUGAUGAGGACGCUGGUAAUGACGAACCAGGUCCGUCAAGAAAAAAGAAACGAGUGUCCUUCGAGUGA